UCCCCAUUCCCCUACCCUGACCCUGAACUCUCUGGACCAAGGUUUUUACCUCGUUUAGCUAAGACAAGAUACCUAGGAAAUGAUGCUUUUGUAUGACUUCUCUAAGGGCCCUCCCAGCUCCAAACCUAAGAUCAACUCCUUCCUAUGACAGGUGAGUGAUCUGAGACUCAGAAAAAGAAAAGCCAAAGUCACAGAGAAAGGGCAGGCCUGGAAUCUGAACCCAGGGCCUGGGACAUCCCUUCUUUUACAGUGGAGGAUACUACUUCAAAACUCCUUGCCAAGGAAACCUGUGCCUCAAACCAUAGUUUAAGGGUCUUCUUGCCCCUUUGGUAAAAGUAUUGAAGUGGUUUGCCAUUUCCUUCUCCAGUUCAGCUGACACAUGAGGAAACUUGAGUUAAGCCCAGAUUUACACAGCUAGGAAGUACCUGAGGCUGGAUUUGAACUCAGGACUUCCUGACUCCAGGCCCCAAACUGUAUUAUUCUGAGAGUCACCUAGCUACCCUUCCAGCAAAUUAUCAUUGCUACUGUAACAUACAUUGUUUAUCCCUCACUCAAGGCCUUUCCACUUUACUGGGGCUUGUCAGGGUUUAACAGAGGCCUAUCCUUGGCAUGAUGAUGUAUCAAGAUCCAUUGAGGCAUGGGGGCUACAUGUAGAGCUGGAAGGGGCCCUAGAGGUCAUCCAGUCAAAACUCUACAGAAAAGGAAUCUGAGACCCAGAGAGGUCAAAAAACACUUGCCCAAGGCCACCCAAACAGGAAGUUGCAGACUUAGGAGUUGAACUUAGACUCCAAUUCCAGUUUUCUUUCCAGUGGGGUAGGGGAUGAUUACUAUUUAUGAAUUGUUCUUAAGUGCAAAAUGCCAUGUUGAGCCAAACCAAAUGAGUGAAUAUCUGAGCACUUUGGGCAAUGAGUAUAUGAAGUCAGAGGCCUCGGGAUCAUGCCUUGGGUAUGAGUGCUUGCCAAACCCUUUUCUGGGCUCCAAGAAGCUACAGCAUCUGCAGUGGUUUUAUCUUGGUAAAACCAUCUUGGCAGAUGGCUAAACCAGAUUAAGGGUAACCGACAGGCCUCAAACCCAUUGGUGAAUUAAGGGGACGUCUACCCCAAGCAUGUGAAGACAUUCCCUAGCGGAAGGGGCGGAUAUGAACAAUUUCUUCCAUGGCCAUGAAAGUGGUCAAAAUGAGGCUGAAGCAGGAGCUGUGUAGCAUUUAAGAGCUUGGUCAGACAUCAAAGACACCAAAGACAUCCACUGCAUCUUGGGCCAUCGCCUGUCAUCCUGAAUUUUGUCUUGCUAUUGGACUUUGAUGACUCUGGAAGAGAGAGGCUGAUGACUUUGUGCAGCUUGAAACAACAACAACCCACUUACUGCUUCCAUGACCUUGGGUGAAUCACCUCUAGACCUCAGUUUCUCUAUCGGUAAAAUGAAGGGGUCAAAUUAUAUGAUUACCCAGGUCAGUCCCAGCACUAAAUCCUAUGUUCCCUGGGACUGCAGAUUACGGGCCCCACAAGGAGUGGCCCUCCGCCUCCACGGUCCAGUACAGAAAGAUCUGAAGGCCACAAGAAGAUAAACAAGUCAGGUCACUUGCUGAAAUAUUGAAAGGAUAAUAGCAACCCCUGUGACAGUCAUACCCAUUUCAUUCCUUCAUAGCCUUUUGGCUAAAUACCAGAAUGUAUGAAACUGCUUGUACUUGAAGGUCUCUGAAAUUGUGGAUCAUCUCUGAGCCAAAAAUCACAUCAUCCCAGAGACAGUCAGUCACCUUCUACCUCUCCCACCCCCCAAUCUCCGGGUAAAGCCAAAGGCCAAACCAAGAAAAUAUUUCUGGGAGCCAGACGUGCACCCUUGGCUUCCAUUGAGUUUCUGCUCUCAUGUUGUGGCUGGUUCAAGGAAAACAUGUUUUGAAUCGAACAGUACAAAAGGCAAAAACUUCUCUGUCAACAUGCCUGGAAAACCCAGACCAUGGAAGGAAUCCAUCUACUACUCUGGGCCUUGGAACUAAACAUUAAAAUGCAAACUUCUCCAAACCUCUAUCUGAUCAGAUGCAUCAUUGCUGAGAUAAGUGUUUUGCUUAUAGGGUUUGACACUGCAGGAUCAAGGGACGCAAGUGUGGAGCUCUCCAUAACAGUGGGUGUGUCACAAUCUAGAAUGAUAGUAUUUGAGAGGCAGCCUGUCCCAGUGAAUAGAGUACAAGACUAGGACUUGGGAAUUCUUCUGCUGUUUACUGGCUAUGUGGCCAGUUUCCCCAACUAUAAAAUGAGUAUAAUAACUAUGGUCCCUACAAUGAGGGGGCAGCUAGGCAGCAUAGUGAAUAGAGUGCCAGGCUCGGAAUCAGGAAGACCUGAAUUCAAAUCCAGCCUCAGAUGUUCUAGCUAUAUGACCCUGGACAAGUCACUUAACCCUGUUUGCCUUAGUUUCCUCAUCUAUAAAAUAAUCUGGAGAAAUGGCAAACCACUCCUGCCUGUACCUUUGCUGAUUGGACACAACUGAAAAGAAUAAACCACAAAAAUUACAAUGACUCUUUACAAACUUUAAAGCACCAUAUAAACGUCACUUAUUCUUAUUUAUCCACCUGCCUUGAGCAAAUGUGAGAAUUAACUAGGCCAAUACUUAGCCUAUGAAAAGGCGUUUAGAAAAUAUGUACCCAGUUAGGACAACUUCAUUGUCUGGAGAAUUUUGACAGGCAUAUGAAGGCUUCAGAGACUUGGCAAGAACUAAGGCAGGCCCAAGAGUCAGUCAGUCAGUCAAUAGAUACUAGAACUCUGACCAGUGCAAUGACCGAUCUUGGCUCCUGAGGACUAAGGUUUGCUUGUUCUGAGCCUCACAAUAGUCCUGGAAGGUAGAGAAGAGGAAACUGAAGUGACUUGCUAAGGAGCAUCUGAUUAGUAAGUGUCUCAGGCAGGAUUGGAAGCCAGUGAAAUAGACUUCUAUCUCUUUGCAGAGGCAGCUGUGGCUUAGUGGAUAGAAUGACUAAAAAGAUCCACUGGAGACGGAAAUGGCAAACCACUCCAGUAUCCUUGCCAAGAAAAGCCCAUGCUCCAGGGAGUCAGACACCACAGAAUAACAACUUAUUUGCAGAGAGGUGGUGGAUUAUGAGUCAAAUGAAACAUAUGUUGUCAAACACGGUCUGAUGUUUGUUUAUUUUGCUCCAAUGUGCAAGAGAGAGUUGGGAGCUUUGUUUAGGCACGGUGACAGCAAUGUAAAUAAAAGCAUCAAUAAGACAUUUAAGGCUUGGAGACGAGAGGACCUGGGUACAAAUGUGCCUUCAGAUACUUCCUAGUUGUGUGGGUCUGGGCAAGUCACUUAACCCUAACUGUUCAGCCCCUGCGCUUAGAAUUGCUGUCUUACAAUUGACACUAAGAUAGAAGGUGAGGGUUAAAAAAAAAGACUUUUAAACACUUUAAAUAAUCUUAAUAAUGGAACCUGUGAUAUUCUUCUGCAUCAAGGACCAGAGACUGAGUGCAGGCUACUAAGAGUAUGCUUAUGCUGGUAGAGUAUGUUUGGCAAGCAUUUUGGUGCAAUGCUCAAAGCUUGAGGCCUUCACCAUCUGCUGCCCCAAAUGCUGCAGUUCUUGAGAGAGCACAUGCCAAAACAAAUGGAAUUUCCUGGGAGAAUCUGGAGGAGAAAUGUGCUUCCUGGGAUGACCAAAGAAAGACGCCUCUUUUUCCCUCUAAGGAGUCAAACUGGCAGGCCAGAGGCAGCAGAUGUGGCUCAGCUCCAGAGCCCAUUGGCAUAAUCCCCAGGCUUGAAAUGAUAUACCUUCCUCCUGCAGAACCCAGAGGAGAUAUGCUCUCCAGGAUUAGAGUCUAGACAGUUAAAGAGAUGGCCUCCUAGUAAGGAUCUUAAAUGGAGAAACAUCACCAUCCCUGGGAAAUAGGGAAGGGCCCAAGUUUGGAUUUUGGCCCAGGUUCUGACAUUUUUAUCUUUAGUGCAAAAAAAAAAAAUUCUUUCUUAGAAAAUGACUCAACAGAGGAAGUCUUUCUAUCUCUAGCUCUGUCAUUCUCUGUAAACUGGGGUUCUAUGGAGAAACUGUCCCCUUUGCCCCACCCCUCGCUUUAGCUUCAAUCCAGUUGUCUUAACUUUCAGGGCCCUCAGCCUCACCUCACCAGAACAAAGGCCAUUAAGGCAACUCUUCUUCAGCAAGGCCUUGACUUGUCUCUCCUUCUCCCUGCCAUUCCCCCCAUUUCUGCAUUUCAUUAAUAGCUCUGACUGUAGCAUGUCAGUUGUUUUUUCAAGUUUCCUGCGGACAUGUAACUUUGCCAUCAGUUUUGAUGUGGAAACGUUAUGAUAGAGAAAUGUUGUUGGACAAUGGUAGUGAAGAGUUGACUAUGUAGAGGGUUCCAAAAAGAAUUUCUCUUUCCUCUCCCUUUCUGCUCCUUGUCCUACCCAUGUGUGCAAUCCUUAAGCUAAGGCUGGCCUCCACCUUCAUGGCCUGGCUGCCUGGGCUAGGCCAUAUGGCUUGAGGAUCAGUGACAUCAAAGUGGAUGGAAGAAGGCUUUUUCUGAGCCCGACUCAUGGUGGCAGUGUUGGGGGUUCCAAGCAGAUGGAGGGGGAAAUAAGAUACCAUGCCUCUGAGAAGGGAGAAAAAAAAGACAUUGGUUUAAGUCAGGAAACAAAAAAAGGGGAACUGAGUGGCUGUGGAAGGGUGGGGUUUGCUCACACUGUCCUUCCUCUCUGGACUGUAAGAAUAUGUCUCCAGUGCCAGUCUCUAUGCGGAUCGAGUCCCACCUUCCAAGUCUGGGCAGCUUAAUGCAUCUGGGAAUCUGCCAGCAUUAAGUCAAGACUGAGCCCACAGGUGAAGAAUACUGGGGAAGGGAAAGAGGGCACAAACGAGAAGAAAAGUCAUGGCUGCUGUAAUCCUAGAAAGUAUCUUCCUGAAGCGAUCCCAGCAGAAAAAGAAGACCUCCCCUCUGAACUUCAAGAAACGACUCUUUCUCUUGACAGUUCAGAAACUCUCAUAUUAUGAAUAUGACUUCGAACGUGGGAGACGAGGAAGUAAGAAGGGUUCAGUAGAUGUUGAAAAGAUCACCUGUGUUGAAACAGUAGUUCCUGAAAAAAAUCCUCCCCCUGAGCGGCAGAUCCCGAGAAAGGGGGAAGAGGCCAGUGAGAUGGAACAGAUCUCUAUCAUUGAGAGGUUCCCCUACCCCUUUCAGGUGGUAUAUGACGAAGGCCCCCUGUAUGUCUUCUCCCCAACCGAAGAGCUGAGGAAGCGCUGGAUUCACCAGCUCAAAAACGUGAUCCGGUACAACAGUGACCUGGUGCAGAAAUACCAUCCUUGCUUCUGGAUUGAUGGACAGUAUCUGUGCUGCUCUCAGACAGCCAAAAAUGCCAUGGGCUGUCAAAUCCUGGAGAAUCGGAAUGGAAGCUUAAAACCAGGAAGCUCUCACCGGAAGACCAAAAAGCCUCUUCCUCCCACCCCCGAGGAAGACCAGAUUCUAAACAAGCCACUACCUCCUGAGCCAACAGGAGGCCCCAACUCCACAACGGAGCUCAAGAGAGUUGUUGCCCUUUAUGAUUAUAUGCCAAUGAAUGCAAAUGACCUGCGAUUACAGAAGGGUGAAGAGUAUUUUAUCCUGGAGGAGAGCACUUUGCCUUGGUGGAAAGCUCGAGAUAAAAAUGGACAGGAAGGUUACAUCCCUAACAACUAUGUCACGGAGGCGGAAGACUCCAUUGAGAUGUAUGAGUGGUAUUCCAAACAUAUGACCCGGAGCCAAGCAGAGCAAUUACUAAAGCAGGAGGGUAAAGAAGGUGGUUUCAUUGUCAGAGACUCCAGCAAAGCAGGAAAAUACACUGUGUCUGUGUUUACCAAAUCAGCUGGGGAUCCUCAAGGGGUGAUCCGCCAUUAUGUUGUGUGCUCCACCCCUCAGAGUCAAUACUAUCUAGCUGAGAAGCAUCUCUUCAGCACCAUUCCUGAACUCAUCAACUACCACCAGCACAACUCUGCAGGCCUCAUCUCCAGACUCAAGUAUCCAGUGUCUCAACAAAACAAGAACGCUCCCUCCACGGCAGGGCUGGGCUAUGGGUCUUGGGAGAUUGAUCCAAGGGACCUGACAUUCUUGAAGGAACUGGGGACUGGACAGUUUGGGGUGGUGAAGUAUGGGAAAUGGAGAGGCCAAUAUGACGUGGCCAUCAAGAUGAUCAGAGAAGGCUCCAUGUCAGAGGAUGAGUUCAUUGAGGAGGCCAAAGUCAUGAUGAACCUGUCACAUGAGAAACUGGUCCAGUUAUAUGGGGUCUGUACCAAGCAGCGUCCUAUCUUCAUCAUCACUGAGUACAUGGCCAACGGCUGCCUCCUGAACUACCUGAGGGAAAUGCGGCACCGCUUCCAGACCCCACAGUUGCUGGAGAUGUGCAGGGACGUGUGUGAGGCCAUGGACUACCUGGAAUCUAAGCAGUUCCUUCACCGGGAUCUAGCUGCUCGAAAUUGUUUGGUCAAUGACCAAGGGAUUGUCAAAGUGUCUGACUUCGGUCUCUCCAGGUAUGUCUUGGAUGAUGAAUAUACCAGCUCAGCAGGUUCCAAAUUUCCAGUUCGGUGGUCUCCACCAGAAGUCCUCAUGUACAGCAAGUUCAGUAGCAAAUCUGACAUCUGGGCUUUUGGGGUUUUGAUGUGGGAAAUUUACUCUCUGGGGAAGAUGCCGUAUGAGAGAUUUAGUAACAGUGAAACAGCAGAACACAUUGCCAAAGGCCUCCGUCUAUAUCGACCUCAGCUAGCUUCAGAACGAGUGUAUGCCAUCAUGUACAGUUGCUGGCAUGAGAAAGCAGAUGAACGCCCCACUUUCAGAUUUCUUCUGAGCAACAUUCUGGAUGUGAUGGAUGAAGAAUCCUAAGCCAUUCAACCGAAUAUCUCCCCUCCCUGCUCCAUUUGCUCACUUACUUUUCUCUCAAGAAAUCCCAGGCUUCCAGGCUCUGGGUGGGAAGGGGAAGGGAAAAGGGAGGGGAGGGGAGGGGAGGGGAGGGGAGGGGAGGGGAGGGGAGGGGAGGGGAGGAGGGAGGAAAAAAGCCUUUAUGCUCCUCCAGCCACACUAUCCAUCUGAGACUGGCUCACACCUUUGAUCCCCAGGGACCUUCUUUGGCCUGGGCAAAAGCUGAGGAAUAGUAGCCCCAUUCUUCACAAUAUGCUGUUGCCCCAAGACAGAAAAAUUCCUACUAGCAAUUAAGACCCAAUUUGUAAUGGAUGUAUGUGUGUGUGUGUGUGUGUGUGUGUGUGUGCGCGCGCGCGCGUGUGUGCACACACAUAUAUGCACAAACAGACCCUUUGGGGGGCCUUAAGUUGGCAGUAACAAGAGGUGGCCACAAUGACAGGCGUGGUUAGGGGACUGUUUUUGAUACAAUAAAACUGCUAGAAAAACCCCU